UACCGCGUUCGUCUUCGAGUGGUGUGUUGAUUUCCGCGAUAUAUUUCCAUAAAAAUGAUGGUUGACGACGAACAGAGGCUGCGAGAUGCCCAAUUGGAGUAUCUUAACUUCCUGGACGACGAGGAGGACCAAGGUGUGUACACGAACCAUGUCAAGGAUAUGAUCUCAGAGGGCAGUCGCCGGAUAUUGGUGAACAUAAACGACUUAAGACGCAAGAAUGUUGGCCGGGCACAAGCCUUGCUUCGAAAAGCCGACGAGGAGAUCCUGGCUUUCAACAGGGCCUUGAAGGAGUUCAUCGCGUCAAUCCAGCCGGACUUAGCUAAAGUCGAGGAGAAUUUCUACGUCGGAUUCGAUGGAUGCUUCGGGGACAGAUACUUGACUCCUAGGACGCUAACUUCAAAGUACAUUGGCAGUCUCCUUUGUGUCGAAGGCAUCGUCACCAAAGUUUCACUUGUCCGACCUAAAAUUAUGCACAGCGUCCACUACUGUCCAGCUACAAAGAAAAUUAUCGAACGAAAGCAUUCAGAUCUCCUAUCGCUCGAAGGAGCAACAAACAGAGGUGCCUAUCCCACUAAGGACGAAGAUGGAAACCUUUUGGAGACCGAGUUCGGUCUCUCAGUUUACCGAGAUCAUCAAGUCAUCACUUUACAAGAAAUGCCUGAAAACUCACCGGCAGGACAACUCCCGCGUUCAGUUGACAUCAUUUGCGACGAUGAUUUGGUGGAUCAGUGCAAGCCAGGUGACCGUAUCAAGGCCGUAGCCAGCUACCGCUGCAUCCCAUCGAAAAACGGUGGAUUCACGUCCGGAACAUUCCAAGCGGUCCUCAUUGCAAACAGCAUUGCGCAGAUGAAUAAGGAAACUGAUCUCUCGAUCUCGCGGGAGGAGGUCAAUCUCUGCAAGAAACUGGCCAAGGACUCUGAUAUCUUUGAGUUGCUUUCGAAGAGCUUGGCACCGUCUAUCCAUGGCCAGCAUUACGUGAAGAAGGCGAUUUUGUGUUUGCUGCUUGGUGGCACGGAGAAGAACUUGAUGAAUGGCACUCGGCUGAGAGGAGACAUAAAUAUUCUGUUGAUAGGCGACCCUAGUGUUGCGAAGUCACAGCUGUUGCGCUAUGUUCUGCUCAUCGCUCCAAGGGCGAUUCCGACUACUGGUCGAGGAUCGAGUGGUGUCGGUUUAACGGCUGCGGUAACCACUGAUCAAGAGACUGGAGAAAGGAAGUUGGAAGCUGGUGCUAUGGUUCUGGCAGAUCGGGGAGUCGUUUGCAUUGAUGAGUUUGAUAAAAUGAGCGAUAUCGACAGGACGGCAAUACACGAGGUAAUGGAACAAGGUCGGGUUACAAUAUCAAAAGCUGGUAUUCACGCUUCCCUAAACGCUCGUUGUUCAGUGUUAGCCGCUGCAAAUCCUGUUUAUGGAAAGUACGAUCAAUACAAAACUCCAAUGGAGAACAUUGGAUUGCAGGAUUCGCUGUUGACUAGGUUCGAUUUGCUUUUCGUAAUGUUGGAUAACAUCGACAAAGAAAAUGAUAAAACCAUUGCAGACCAUGUAGUUAGGAUGCAUCGUUACAGAAAUCCUCUAGAACAAGAUGGAGAAGUUACGUGCACAGGUUCAUCUUACGAGGAUACCCUGUCCAUGGCUAACAAUGUAAAAGAAGAAAAACAAGGGAUCGCUAUUUACGAAAAGUACAACGCUUCUUUGCAUGGAAAGUUACGUUCCAAAAGUGAAAAGGUCCUAACAGUUGAUUUCAUGCGAAAAUACAUUCACAUUGCGAAAUGUUUGAAACCAAAACUCAGCGAGCAGGCAUGUGAAGUGAUUGCCAAUGAAUAUUCAAGGCUCCGAACUCAAGAAAUCAUGGAAUCGAACGUUAUGCGUACCCAACCAGUGACUGUGCGAACUUUGGAAACAUUGAUCCGUUUAGCGACGGCCCACGCUAAGGCCAGACUAUCAAAUAUCGUGACCUCACAAGAUGCCAAAAUCGCAAUCGAACUAGUACAGUACGCCUACUUCAAGAAAGUCCUAGAGAAAGAGAAACGUAAGCGUAAUCGCGACGACGAGGACGACAGUAGCAAGGCCGACGAUAACGAAACAACAGAUUCAGAACCUGCUUCGACCACAAAACGACACAAGCCUGAAGAUACCAUGCUGCAAGACAGCGAGGAAACCACCACAGAUAUUGUGGACAGAGACGAAGCCGCCACCCCUGCUAAGAGCCGCCGUUUGGAAAGUACAACCGGUGAAAGUAAAACCACGAGGAGUAGUACACAAACAAUAUCGAAAGAACGUUUGGAAAUUUUCAAAACCAACUUGAGCUCCUGCUUCCGUAAAAUGAGGGAACAAAGUUUGCCAAAGCAGACACUGGUUGAACAUAUCAAUGAAAAUGUCUCGGAUGCAUUUUCUGAAGGAGAAAUCGAUGCAGCAAUCAGUCAAAUGACUGAGGACAAUCAAAUUAUGUUAGCAGAUGGGGUUGUUUUCCUGAUCUAGAGGUUUUUUCCGUUUAAUAAGAUCUUUUGGUCUAGUGUAUGUAGCCUGUUAAGUUCCGUAUUUAUAGACUCAAACUGGUAUUUCGUUUUGUAUUCUAUAGUGACACAAAUCUACUGUUCAUUAAAGUUUGUACCAUGUUUAUA